UAAAGACAUAUCGAUUAUGGUGCAGUUCCCCUUUCUUCAUGAAUCAUUCCCAUUCCUCAGCUAUGUUAUUGCGCGUCACUUCCGGGAAAGAGCGGACAUGAGGUUUCCCAGGAAGUGGUACCCUGCGCUUUUGGAGACAGGAUGCCAGCUUUGCCAUUGGAUGAGUUACAGGUGACCCAGAAAGAUGCCGACACAGGGAGACUGUGUACUCUGCCAGCUCUGCAUCCUGAGCGUAUUGUAUCCAGGCACUUUGUCUUGUAUGUACCCCCACCAGCUUCCUGUGCUCCAUCUCUACUAGAGGAGUUUCUGGAGAGAGCUAAUUUUAUCACACAAGACCUGUGCUGGUUACUGGGGCUACCCCAUGACCUCUUCUGGUGUCAGGUGAUAUUUGACGAAUCACUACAAAAAUGUCUAGAUUCUUUUUUGAGCAGUGCUCCAAGGAGAUAUGACCGCCCCUGUCCUCUUCCUCCAUCUGUGCAGAAAGUGCAGAAUGAUCUUCAUCGCUAUGUCUUCCUCACCUUCUUGCGGAUGUCAACACACAAGGAGUCCAAGGAACACCAUAUUACUCCCUCUGUGUUUGGGGAAAUCUUGUACAACCACUAUCUGUUUGACAUCCCUAAGCUCCUGGAUAUCUGUGUCCUUUUUGGAAAGGGAAAUUCUGCUCUGCUGCAGAAAAUGAUUGGUAACAUUUUCCAGCAACAACCCAGUUAUUACCAGGAUCUUGAUGACAGUGUUCCUACCUUGCUUCAGGUGUUCAGUAGAAUCCUCGAGAUCUUUGGAAUAAAGCAGGACAGCGAGAGUGCAGAGCCUCAGAAAUUGGAAAGCCAGAAAAAGACAACACCUUUAGAUAUGCCAGAAGAGGAAUUGCAAGAUGCUGUGCUGUACAUCUGUGAUACAUCCAGCACACUCUGGGCAUUCUUGGAAAUAUUUCCAGCUGCUGCUCAGACUGUGCAGAAACAUGACAUCCUUAACAAAUUGAGCUCAUUUUAUGAGCUGGCCUUCUCUGAACUGGAAGCUGCAGUAAUGAAAAGGAAGUUUGGAGACAAAAGCACAAAAUUAGAUCUCUGGAGGAGGCUUUCACACUCCAAGAAGAAGCUGCUGGAAAUUUGCCACAUCAUUAUCAGUGAGACUUGCUUGCAGCCCAUUCUAGAACACAGGACAGAGAAUAUUCAGCCUGUUGUGGAGGACUUUCUACAGAUUCUGACAGCCUUUCUUCCAGAAAGGAGGUUUUUGUGUGAUUAUGAUGAACUGUACCCAGUGGUAGAAGAUGUGAAUUUACUACAGCAGGUCUCCCCUUCACUUGAUGAGACUCGCACUACUUACUUGCUGCAUGGAGUGCAAAGUGCAUGGACCGAUACCAAAAGAUCCAGAGCCUCUACAGUUCCUCCAACACAGACUAGCCCUAAAGGGGCUACUAAUGGAGUGAGCAUUUCUACAGCACAGAACUCUGUCUAUGGGGAUGAGCCUGAAUGCGCAGGUGCUGCAGCCAGUUCUUGUUUAACUGGGGUAGAGCUGGAUUCUUUGGUAUCACAAGUGAAGGACUUGCUUCCUGAUCUGGGCGAGGGAUUCAUAUUAAGUUGUCUUGAGGAAUAUGAACACAAUCCUGAAAAAGUAAUUAACUACUUGCUGGAAGAUAACCUAAGUCCACGUCUUCAAGGUUUGGAUCGCACUAUGCCUAGACAAGAGAGGAUGGAGCCCUGUCCGCUUGUUGCCUCAAGAUCAAAUGUCUUUGCAGAUGAUGAGUUUGACAUUUUCAGCAGAGAUGUUGUUGACACUUCAAGGAUAUGGAAGGGAAGGAGGAAACAGGAGUCGGCAGCAGAGACCCUGGCAGAUAAGAGUGUGAUCUCUGCACAGAGGGAGCGUUACUACCAGUACAGCAUGGUCAGUGAGGAACUAGAUGCGGAUUAUGACGAUGAGUAUGAUGAUACUUAUGAUGGAAACCAAGUGGGAGCAAAUGAUGCAGAUUCAGAUGAUGAGCUUAUCAGCCGCAGGCCAUUCACUAUCCCACAGGUGCUUAGAUCUAGGAAUCGGAAGGAGGAAGAAGAGGAAGAUGAGGAAGAGGUGGUCGAAGAGGAAAAGUCUAAGCCAGAUCACUUUGUGCAAGAUCCUGCAGUGCUGAGAGAAAGGGCCGAGGCAAGAAGAGCUAUCUACUAUGCCAGGAAAGGAUUUCGACAGGACAACACAGCAGCAGUGGCGGGUGCAGGCAGAGGGCAGGGUCAGAGUCGUGAGACUAUACAGGAACGCAGGAAGAAAGAAGCCAAUAAAAAUAUGAGAGCCAAUCACAAUCGCAGAGCGAUGGCCGACAGGAAGAGGAACAAAGGCAUGAUACCAUCCUAACACCCUGCAUGACUCAGCAGGGCAACAUGAUCUGCCACAGACAAAACCUGCAAGGUUAUACAAUAAUAAUACAUUGCCUUGUGUGCAAUAAUUCAUAUUAUGCUUUUGGAUUACCAGAAGAUGUUAACUUGGUUUGAAAAAAUUGGCAUGAAACCUCUCAAAGCACAAAAGCUCUACUUCCAUGUGGACAACCAUUCGAGCAUAGGAUGCUGCCCAAAUGUUAAAGAACCAUUGGAUUGUUAUAGAGGAUUCACUAAUUUGUCAAAAAAAACAAACUAAAUGAAUAUGCAAAACCAGUUGCAAAAAUAAAGUUGCAUUGUUAUUAUCAUUUAGUAAUUUGGGACUACAUCGCUACAUUGCUAUACAUCGCUCAACUUCUUUGCUUCAUCCCCCCCCCAAUGAUUGUAAUCACUUACCUGAAAACUACAUUAGCUUUAAUACUUCUCAGCACUCUCCAUGGUGUUGAACUUUAUUUCUAAAGCUGUAUUUUACCCUCUAUUGCACAGGCGUUGGCAAUGUGUCAGAUGUAAACUACUGUGUACUACAGGUAAUUACAAUGAUGAUAUUAUUCAAUGAUAUUAAAUUUGCGGGUACCUAGAAA